UCUUCACCCCCUCGGAGAGAGAGGGAGAGAGAGAGAGAAAGCGAAGAGAAGGGGGAAGGGGGGAGAGAGAGAGAGAGAGAGAGAGAGAGCGCCAUGAAGAUCUUCGUGAAGACGCUGAAGGGUUCGAACUUCGAGAUCGAAGUGAAGCCCAAAGACACGGUUGCCGAUGUGAAAAUGAUUAUUGAGACUAAUCAAGGCCAGAAUGUGUACCCAGCCGAUCAGCAAAUGCUCAUACAUCAAGGGAAAGUUCUAAAGGAUGAUACCACAUUGGAUGAUAAUAAAAUUUCUGAAAAUAGUUUUAUCGUUAUAAUGUUGUCAAAGGGUAAGGGCACAUCGAGCGGAGCUUCAUCCGUGUCCACUGCACCUUCAACUCAGAGGAAGAGCUUAUCCACUGGGGCUGCACCAACUGUGCCCGCUAAUGAGCCGCCCCCUACUAGUACGGUACCUCCUGUCCCUUCAACAACGGCAUCAGCAACAACUCAAGCACCGGCAGCAACUUUGCAACCGCCACCUGCAAGUGCACCUACUCCAACUGCCACAGCUGCCCCUGCUCCUGCUGUCAGUGUAUCCACUGAAGUUGAUGCAUAUGGUCAAGCCGCUUCAAAUCUCAUUGCAGGCGGCAAGUUGGAACAAACUAUCCAACAAAUUCUUGACAUGGGUGGGGGGACAUGGGACAGAGACACUGUUGUUCGUGCUCUUCGUGCGGCAUACAACAACCCUGAGAGAGCUGUUGAAUAUCUAUAUUCUGGUAUUCCUGAGAAUGUUGAAGCACCUCCUGCUGCUAGAGCGCCUGCAAGUGGCCAACCAGCUAAUCCCUCAGUUCAAGCUUCGCAACAACCUCAACCCGCAGUUCCUUCCAGUGGGCCCAAUGCCAAUCCGCUGGACCUCUUUCCUCAGGGUCUUCCAAGUUUUCCAUCAAAUGCCGCAGGCAGCCUUGAUAUGAUACGCAAUAGUCCCCAGUUCCGAAACUUGCUGACGCUAGUGCAGGCUAAUCCUCAGAUCCUACAGCCAAUGCUUCAAGAACUCGGAAAACAAAAUCCUCAGAUUUUGCGGCUGAUUCAGGAAAAUCAAGCUGAGUUUCUGCGGCUGAUUAAUGAACCUGCUGAGGGAGCAGAGGGGGAUUUACUAGGUCGGUUAGCAGGUGAAAUACCACAAGCCCUACAAGUUACUCCACAGGACCGAGAAGCCAUCGAGCGUCUUGAAGCAAUGGGCUUUGACCGUCAACUGGUUUUGGAGGUGUUCUUUGCCUGCAACAGGAAUGAGGAGUUGGCCGCAAACUAUCUUCUGGAUCACAUGCACGAGUUCGAAGAACAAUGAGUUUUAAAGUGCGUGCCUAUCCAUCGCCUAGCAUUCUGUACUGUCAAUACUUAGUUUGAAGUGGGAACACACCUAUGUUUUAUGUUCCCCCCUUCUCUUAUCAUUCUUCUAUUCUGGUCAAGAUCACAAUUGUGUACAAAGCUGCGUUAUGGAUUGUUUUACUUUUUAAAUCAGGGGUUUUUGGGUCACAGUGUAGUCUGGCUUAAUUUCGUGUUCUAAUUUCUCUAUUUUCCCAUUCCCAUGCUACAAUUUAUCGGAAAUGUAUGAAAAAACAAAAACACUUGAAACUUCUGGAGUCA